AUGAAAAUGAUUGAGAAGAAUUGCUGUAUGAUGAUGUUUUCCGAUCCCAGCUAUUAUUUAGAAAACGAGAUUGACCUAAUCUUGUGGAAAAACCGGUUUUAUCGUCCCAUUGAAAUUGAGCGCAGUGCCUUAUCUCACCUUUCAAAACCUUAUUCUCCGGCAGAUAUAAAGCCUUUAUUGUCUAUUAUUGGGGAGGGUAUUGAAUAUUACACACAGAUUAUUAAGAAGCUCAAGCACACGUCAACAGUUGAAUGUUUUUUAUUAGCCGGAGACAGAUCUUCCUGUUUUUCUAAGCACACAAAAGUCUUAUUGAGCUACCACCUUAUCAUUCAUCUUGGAGACUUGUAUCGAUAUCAGUCACUUGUAUUACCGCCUCCCUCAGAUGGGUCAAGUUUAUUCAAGGAUGCAGAAAUGAUGUAUAAGCAAGCCAUUGCUUUAGACCCUUCGAACGGCUUGGGCCAUCACCAACUUGCAGUUCUUUCCACAUACGAAGAUGCGAACUGCAUGGCAAUGUAUCGUUACUGCCGUUCACUUGCGUGCGCCGUGCCUUACAGUAAUGCGCAAAGGAAUCUGUCGAUUCUUCUCUCCAAGAAUGAAAAACUCUAUUUCCAAGAAAAGGAACGGAAUCUCUCGGAGCUGAAUAAGAAACAGCUAGUGAAUCUCUUUGUCACCGAGUUCAUUGAGAUACAGAAGCUGCUGAUGGAUCAUGUGCCUAACGAUGAAACAUUUGGCAUUCUUUUCCACGAGUAUAAAUUGUUGCAAGUCGAUGCUGCCUCUGCGCCUCUUAUCUUUCGAAUCGUUAUGAUUGCCAUUUACAUGGCAGACGAUGGAUGGAAGAAAGGCAAUGACGUCACAUUGUCUUCGGUCACCACGCAGAUUAGCGCUUUGGCGUGGUCAGUCUUGUUUCGAACUGUUUCGGUGAUUAUUCGAAAUACGGCCAUUUCGAUAUCUAUCCACAAAAAGGAAAAAUUCUUAUUGCGACAUAUGCCAACAAUUGCUGUGUUCGUCUAUAUUAACUCGGAUAUGUUAAACUCUGGAAACGGUCAACACCAGCGCUUUUCUGUGUUUCUCCAGUCAGAGUGGAUGAUUUGGAGCGAAAUGAUUGGGUUGCUAAACCGAAUUCCACUGAAGCAUGUGAGUGACGAGAAGCGAGAUCUAAUGUUCUAUGAGGUGGAGCUACGUGGGUUUCUUCCUUUUAAGGGUGCUUAUGAUAGUAAAUAG